CUUUCCUGUAAGAUAAGCCCAGCACUUCUUGUGAUAGCAAGCAUGGACAAAGAAAUCUUAUUGCAUUUCUCUGCGCAGCACGCUUUGAAAGGACUUUGCUUUGCUGCCUGCAACUUCCAGGUAACACUUACAGAACAAUGAGGAGGCAUCGAUGCUGGGAGAGCAUUGCAGUCCCACUGCCAUUCUUCAAGAUCCUACAAGGAAAACCUGAUCCAUGCUUCGCCCUUCUUGGGAUUCUCCAUGCACCUUACAAGCACAGAAAGAUUCCAUGGCCAACCAAAGGCCAUUUUGGCCAGCAGACACCAAGGCUGCACUGCGUCCCUCCGCAGCAGCAGCACCCUAUGAGCUGGAUGUGUGAUGCUGUGGCCUCUGCUGCCUGGAUGCUGCGAGUGGGAGCUGUGCUGCCUUCUCUUCCUUCUCCCACUUACAAUAUGUGGGCCCUGCACUCCCAUUUUCUUACGCCAGGCCUGGCUCCUUGCAGCAGCUCUGAAGCACCAGGAGGUGCUGGGUAAGUGAUCUGCACGGUAAGCCCGUAGGUGACACAUAGCUGGGGCACUGCUGCACCCUGAGCACCCCGCUGUGCCUGCGCCCAGCUGCCAAGGAAAGCAGAGCCUGGGCCACGCUAAUUAAAACUCUUAGUGCUCUUUGGCAAAGUGCAAAGAAAACCUUUUUUCAUCCUCAGUGACUAAAAAUAAAUCCUAUUUCGGGUUUAAGAAGGAGCCGCAUGACUAAAACGAGCCGUUUGGUUUCAUUCAUGUUUGCUGUCUAUUAAUCUGUUCUCUUCACCCUCAGCAGAGUAUGACUCAGACUUUCUCAUUGUCUUCCUCCCUCACUAUGUGUGUUUUGACUUUAAAUCCUGCCGGCUGACGCACGCAGAGCUGACACCACGACAGCUCGAUCCAGCCGGCUCCCAGCAGACUCCUGAUCUUCACCGGCUGCUGAACGUAACACCCUGCCUGCUCUGCUGGUAUUUUUACAGCUAAUGUUGGUAAGCAGAUGACACAGGCUGGUGAAGAUUCUUGAAACUCCACGGGAGGAAACGCGUGAGUAUGUGUGUGUGGGAGAGGCCUGCAGAUAAAAAUACUGUGGCACCUAUGGGAGAAGACACACGCCUCAAUCUGUUGGUGGGUUGCUAUUCUCGUUCAUGGUAAUAGAAGUGGAGGCUGCACUGGAACAAGUACAGCAGUAGGAUCUUGCCCUGUUGAUUCACUUGCUGUCUUCCACUCUCCCUUCGGUGGCUUCUUGACUCCUCUCCCACCACAAGCGAUGGCCAACCUCACCUCCAAGUCUUCCCACCACCCGCCAGGCACUCAGCAGCCCCAGCACCCACAGGAUGGGGUCACUGCAGAGCCCCCACUUUCCUUACGCCGUUAUCUCUUUCCCUUCCAGCUUUGCUUAUGAAAUUUGAGCCGCUUAGCAUGGACUAAAUUUAGGGAGGCAUAAAGUAUUUGCGUACAAAUAUGCUUGAUUUCCCAAGUGUGAAAAAUAAGCACGAAAUAACAAGUCUAAUGUUGGUCCCGAGAGGAGGUCAAGUAUUUUAAAAUUAAAAUCCUUUGAAAGAAUCUGUAUCUGUGAUGAUGGAUGAACUUUUUUUCUGACGGAAGAAAACCUCCCCCUUCUCAUUACAGUCAGAAUACAUGCAGAUAAUCAAGUCAGAUGAAAGAUGAAUUCUAAAUAUGACGAUAGCCCUUCUUUUGUAAGAAAUGCUACGUAAAUGAGUUGUAAAUUAUUUUUAGUUGCUACUGGAAACAGAGGAAGGGGAAAAGUCAAUAUUGACAAAACCCUGCUUUAUUUUUAAGCAGUUACUGAUUGUUCGGUGGCAGCAAUAAGGUGAGAAGAGAGCUGAAGCUGAAGCAAGUGGUGCAAGCUGGUUUGGGCUUAGAGAACAGAGACCUAACAGCCCAACAGCAUUAUUCCUGCAUGGCUAUAGCCAUCCCCAUUGCUGCUUCCCUUCACAUGGGCCGGACAGAGCCAGGGUUCUUGUGACCACCCCUCUGCUGGGACUGAGCAUGAGGACACUGAGCCCACCUCACCUUGUCACCAGCCAGCAGCAUUCCUGACACAGCUCCUCCAAGCUGCCUGGCUUCUCUUUCUGCAUUGGCCGUAGUGGUGAUGGACAUCAAGAUGAGUAUGGCAAAGUAGAAGGGCUGGAUUCCCCCUGCCUCUACUGACUGCAGUGGCGAUCCUUCCUGCAACAAUGCCUUGGUUCUUGCAUAUAAUGGAAUGAAAUCGUGAACAUGUAGAAUUCAGGUUUAAUUAACUUCUAGCUUCUCAUGACAUGCAGCUGUGCAAGGCAGAGCAUGUGACAGGGCAAGCCACUCAAAGCAAAUGCCACAUUUAUUACUGCUCUGUUCCCAGGACACACAGGAGGAUGCAAUAUGGUCAGAAUGAAUUCAGAAAAAAAAAGAUUGCCAAGCUCCUAUGGCUUAGAGGUUGAUACUGAGCUGGUUCUAAUGCAAUUACCUAAAUUUCAGAGAUGCUGUAAUGUGAUCUUACUCUUCCUUAAAAUGCCAUGGAACUUCUAAUGACAACUCAGAUCAAAUUUUCUGUUUCAUGACUCAUUCCAAGGAAAAGGAAGCAAUGCAUUCAAUAUGAAAAAAAAAAGAAAAAAAAAAAAAGAAAAAAGGUACCUUCAUUAAGGCCCUCGUUUUAGGCCUUUGUGAAUCCGAUCAACAGCACAAUGUCCGUGUGAAGUUCAGGUUUUUAUGUGGAAUGAAACUGACAGCCCAGUUAUGGAUACCCUUCUGUAAAUUCUACCCACUGAAACCAAAAUCGCCGUGCAGAGCAGAGCAGAGCCAAGCAUCUGCCUGCCUUCACACACUGCAAAUCUCAAGUGAGCGGUUAAGGAACAGAGGAAGGAAUUGUACUGAUGUGCCAAUUAAUCAGUGUGGUCUGAGAUGCGUGCCGACGCAGGAGGUCGGGGUGGAUGGAUGGAUGAGGGCAGCACGAUGAUUUCAUGCAAAAGAACUUGCUAGAUAAAUUUCAGGCUUUUCGUUGUAGAAUGCAUGAAAAAGAGUCCACUGGAAGCACAAGCAGAGGUACAGCAGAAUUCUUGACAUUCUGAACUGAACAUUUUCUUCUUUCUUUUGUUUCUAUUCUCUUCUCGAUGACUGUUUUCUCAGCAGACCAAGAAAUGCCAGCAUCAGCCGUGUCCACCUGCAGGUGCUGAGGGUUUUGCACAGACAGAAGAUGGCCCUUUACCUUCCUGGUAGCUCCACGUGUGCUGAGGAGAGGCUGCCUGACCUCCAGUUCUGCCACAGCACACGCAGCCAGGGCAGUCCUGUUGGCCGUGCACACAGCUGCUAUGAAUUCUACCUUGCUGUUCUUCUGUCAGUUUAAUUUCCUAACAUUUACUGCUUUAGAAGCCCCACCCCGCCCGGGACAGCCCCGUUCCUCCCCGUGCUGCUGGGCGGUGCGCUGCCACUCGGGCGGGGCGCGGAGCGGAGCGCGGUGACGUCAGGCGCGCCGAGGGCGGUAUAAGCGGGCGCUGUCCGGGUGCUGAAGGCGGCGGCGGCGGCGCGGCGCUGGCAGGAAGUAUGCUAAAUAUGGCAGAAACUAAAACCAUUCAGCUUGGAGCAGCCUGUGCUGUCACCUUUUUCUUUGUCCUAAUCUGUUGGGCUGAUGCAGCUUCAUUCCAGCAGUAUCAGCUGCUUCAAAAAGACCCAGACUAUGUAAUGAAAAACUUACAGAGGCUCCCAAAUCCUGAUAUGAUCAAAGCUUUGGAAUACAUAGAAGAUCUUCGCAAGCAAGCUAACAAGGGAGAAAGCAUCCCUGAUUACAACUCCUUUCAAAAUGUCCCAUAUGUCCUGCAACAGAAAGAAAACAAAGAUCAGGUUCACCUACCAGAAAAUGUAAGGGAUUCUUUGACUGAAGAUGAGUCUCAGUGGGUCAAGGUUAUGUUGGAAGCCUUGCGGCAAGCUGAGAAGGAGUCAAAAGCUGGCACAAAGGAAAAUAAACUUUAUGGUCUGAGCUCGGAUAACAGCUUUCCAGCUGGAGUAACUGAUGAUUAUGAGGCUUACAAGUGGCCUGAGAGGUGGCAAAAAUAUCUCAAAAUGCCUCUUGGCCACUAUGAAGACAGUUCAAGAGACAGUCCUUUCAAGCGUACCAAUGAGAUAGUGGAGGAGCAAUACACACCCCAAAGUCUUGCUACACUGGAAUCAGUGUUUCAGGAGUUGGGGAAGAUGGCAGGACCUAGUAAUCACAAGAAGGAGAGGCUGGAUGAAGACCAGAAAUUGUAUGCAGAUGAUGAAGAUGAUGUGUAUAAAGUAAAUAACAUUGCCUACGAAGAUGUGGUUGGAGGAGAAGACUGGAAUCCCAUAGAAGAAAAAGUGGAAAGCCAAACCCAGGAAGAGAUAAAAGAUAGCAAAGAGGAAAUUGACAAACAUGAAGAGGAAGUUGACGAUGAAAUGAAGAGGUCAGGGAAACUCAGCUUCCUUGAGGAUGAAAUGAGAAGAGAGAAUAAAGAUCAAAUGUCAGAGAAUGUUUCAAAGUUAAUGAAUUACUACCUGAAGAGGCUGAUGGGCAGUACUGGAAACAGGAAACUAAGGACUGGAGGAGAGCUUGAGGAGAAAAGAGCAGCCACAGUUUUGGACAAGCAACUUAACCCUCAGUCUAUAGCUCAGUUAAUAGAAAUGUCAAGGAAUUUACAAAUUCCUCCAGAGGAUUUAAUAGAUAUAUUCAAAGCUGGGGAGAAAAAACAGCUCCAGAGUGAAAGGUUGGAAGCUGAGCAGGAAGCAGAAUUCCCAGAAGACCUCGAUGAGAUCACUGAAACUAAUCUAGGACAGAGUGACAUAUUUAAAAAUACUGUAAACUCUAAAAAUGGGUACAUGAAGCAGCCUCUUAAUGCAAUUCCAGAAAGUCUACCUGAAGACCUCAAUAUUGAAGACAUUGUCAGCCUUCUGGGAACUGGCAAUUUAGGUAAUCAGAAUCCCUCCUACUUACUAAAUCGUCUUAAUCAAGAAAAUGAUUUGCCAAGACUGCCUUACAUUCCCAGAAGACUGAAAGGACGCCCAGUUCCCAAAUCUGCGUGGAUUAACGACUUGGAAAGGCGACAAAUGGAGUAUGAGAAACUGGAUGAGAAGGAUGAAGAGCUGGCUGAUUACUUGGCAAAGAUGCUGGCAAAAUAUCCCGAAGUUAUCAACGCAAACCAGAUGAAAAGAGUUCCCGUUCCAGCUUCUGAAAGUGACUUGCAGGAAGACGAGAGGCUGGAGCAGGCCAUCAGAGAGCACCUGAGCCAGCUGGGACCACAGGAGGCUGCGAGGCUGGCUUCGCUCAGCAAAAGGCUCUCCAUGGCUGGGGACACCGAUGACACGCAAAACAGGCAGUAUCUGGACGAGGAUAUGCUGGCAAAGGUGCUGGAGUAUCUAAAACAGGAGAAAUCAGAGCUUGAAAGAGAUCACAUUACUAAACGGGCAAUGGAAAAUAUGUAAUUGUUCUCCAAAUAUGAUUUCUCUCCCACGUGUUGACUUCUAUCCCAAUUCAGUUGUGAUUUACUCCCGCUCUCCCACUACACAACUUCUGGUAGACUACUUACCAUUGAACAGUCUGCAUAUCUUUCUCAGAGCUGUUAUCUUGUUUAUUGAUAUACUUAUGUAUGUUAUAAAUUAUGGGGCAAAUAACAAAUUGCUUCAAGUGUUUUAAGAAACAAUUUAAUGAAAUCAAGUAAAACUAUAAUAUGUAAACAAAUGACCUUUGCGUUGUUAAUAAAACAUGAUAAAUGAAGAGUGACAAUUAUCAUUUGAAAUUUUUAAGAUUAAUUGGAUUAUUUUGUUACUGUCUGUAGUGUUUUUUGUGGAGUAUCGAAUAAAAAAAUAAAGCAUUAUAUAUAUA